UCUCUCUCUCUCUCUCGCGGCCAUUAAGGUCGCUCGUUUUCUCUCUCUAUAAGUGUUAACUUAAUUAGCCGACAUGAAACUAUACAGCCGACAUGAGUUUCAUGCAUGUAUACUUAGCCAUUAAGCGUGCUCUCUCUCGCUCUCUCUCUACAAGAGUUUCAUGUAUAUAUAGGGGACAAACUUCAAUAGCUGCAUUGCAAGUUCAUUAAGAAAGGAAGCUGCAGAAAUAUCCUUAGGGCUUUUUUUGAUCAAGAGAGAGUGAGAGAGAUUGAUCAGAUCAUCAUCAUCAUCAGAGAGACAUGCCACCAGGAGGGCCAGGAGGAGGAGGAGGACCGGGAGGAGGUCCACCGUGCCUUGAUUGCUUUGGUUUCCUAUGUGGCGGUCUAGGCAACCUUAUUUCCAAUUGUGCUUAUUUCCUGUGCUGCUGCUGCCUGCUUGAGAACUGCUGUGGGCCAAUGUUCCGCGGAGGACCUGGUGGUGGACAUGGUGGCGGCGGUGGACCUGGUGGUGGCGGCGGUGGAUGGGGCGGCGGUGGACCUGGGGGCGGACCUGGUGGCGGCGGCGGUGGGCCUGGCGGUGGCGGUGGUGGUCGAUGGUGAACAUCAUCAGUUCAUGAUGUUCCAGGCUUCUGGGUCAUGAUGUGCUUGUAACCUGUCUGUAAUUGUUUCUGUUUAGUUUGAAUAUAUAUGUUGGCAUGUUGCAACUGCUAUGUCUGUUGCAACUUGCACCUCAGUAUUCUUUCUUUGAUAUGUAGCCACACUGUGUGUUUAUUUUAAUUUGUUUGCAAAUUUCCUUCA